CUUGUGUUAGGUUCUUUCCGAGAGGUGUCACAUAGCCCACAGUAUCUGCUUCUUGGUAUCACCGAAAGUUGCCUCAGCGUCAUGAUAUCGAUCUACAAAGUUAAGUAAGACGUAUCCAUGGAGCUGAUGAAGGUUCAACAUUCAUCCUCACCCCCUUGUACAUCCUCACACUGCAACCAUGACUUCAAGAGGCAUCCCGCUCGAUGUGGCUGCUAUAAUGUCAACUGUGCUGGAAGCCAUCUUAUACGGGUUCUCCGUCCUCAUGUUUAUAGGUACCAUCUGGGCGUUGACCUACAAGCGUCGCCUGCAGGAGAUCAAUCGCCUAAUCGCUGCGGUGACCAUCAUGCUGUUGAUACUAAGUACCGCACACAUGAUCGUAGACAUCAUUCGCCUCGAAGAUGGACUGGUGAAGUAUCGCGACACAUUUCCAGACGGCCCUGCGGCAUUCUUCGCGGACGUGUCCCAAAUUACAUAUGUGAUCAAGAAUGCGAUAUAUAUCUUGCACACUCUGCUUGGCGAUGGGGUUGUGAUAUACCGUUGUUACGUUGUUUGGCAUUCUGCCAAGAUCAUUAUCCUACCAAGUUUGUUGUGGUGCUGUAGUGCAUUCACUGGUUUUUCUGCGGUCUACAGCGUUUCGCAAGCCACUAGCAAUGCCGGAAACAUCUUCACGAAGGCGACUGGACAGACGUUCUUCGCUUUGACACUUUCGACCAAUUUAAUAAGCUCAGGGUUACUGGCAUAUCGCAUCUGGAAGAUUGAAUGUAACGUCUCUGCAAUGCGCACUUCGAAAAGAUCUUUGACCCCCGUACUACGGGUUCUUGUGGAUGCCGCCAUUUUGUACUCUGUGGUGCUCUUCCCCACACUCGUCUGUUUCGUCUGUUCGAACAAUGGGCAGUAUGUUAUGCUAGACAUGCUCAUGCCGAUCAUCUCGAUUGCCUUCUACAUGGUGCUCGUUCGUGUCGCAAUCAGUAAACACGCUCACGAUUACCUCUCGACGACUUUCCAUAGAGGGGCGACCGAUGAGACAGAACAGGAAACUUUGCCUUCUGUGAAACCUUUGCGGGUCCAUAUAUCCCACUUUACUCAAAUUAACCACACCUCGACUAACGACAUAGUGGGUGAGGACCUACCAUUGACAUGCAAGGUGAAAUCCGUGCAAGAGCCAUCUUGUGCGGCGUGAAUAUGUACCGCUUCUUUCUCUUUUUUUCGACACUAUUAGUGGACAGGUUUCCAUGCACAAUCAUCUUUACCAAUUCAGUAUCGGAUUUUCUGCUAUGUUGUACUAUGUAUUAGGAUAAGACACGAUCUACAUGUCCCACAAGAUCCGAAUCAAAUGGACCUUUAAUUUAUAGAUUCGGAAAAACCCAUGCACCGUGACGAACGGGUCAAAACCAGGGCGAUCACCGCUCAGUACCAGUACUGAUCAAUGAGCGCUUGAGCUCUAAACGAGCUUACUUACCGACUUAACGUGUUGACAUAUGAGAU